AUGAGGUUACAGAAUAGAAUUUUAUUUAAACUACACGAAGUUCAUCUUGGAAUUUGUAAAACUAAAACGAGAGCACGUUCUUUAUUUUAUUGGAAAGGUUUAGAUAAAGAUAUCGAGGAAUAUAUUGGUAACUGUGCAGUAUGUAAUAAAUUUAGGAGCGAGAAUACUAAAGACCCUAUGAUAUGUCAAGAAGAUCCUAAUCUACCUUUUGAGAAAGUUGCAUGUGAUAUUUUGGAUUAUGGGAAAGAUACUUACCUAGUACUAGUUGAUUACUAUUCCGGUUGGCUUGAAUUAAAUUAUUUAUCUUCUAAAACCUCAAGUCAAAUAAUUAAAAUACUAAAAGUUAUUUUUUCGAUACACGGGAUUCCAAAGCAACUUGUGGCAGACAAUAUGCCUUUUAAUUCUAACGAAUUUCAGAAUUUUGCGACUGAUUGGGAAUUUGUUUUAACUACGUCAAGCCCUAGAUACCCAAAAGCUAAUGGACUUGCGGAAAAAGGUGUAAGUAUUGCGAAAUCAAUACUAAAAAGAUCGGAUGAAGGUAAAGUUGAUAAGCAACUAAUGUUGUUAGAAUAUCGUAACAGUGCUAUUAUUGGCUCUUAA